UCAUAUUAAUAAUUAACUAUUCUUCAUCCCUCUUGGCAUCUUAAACAUCACCACUUCCAAACACCCAUUCUCUUCCAUAAGCUUAAAAUUGAAGAACUCACCCAUAUAACCCUCAUUACACAAACCUCCCACAACAUCUUCCAUAAGAAAAAAAAAAAAAAGAACUAAAAGAUGAAUCCUAAUUUUGAGAAAGCGGAGUUCAUAACAAUUCUAAGCAUCGACGGAGGUGGCGUCAAAGGCAUCAUCCCCGGAACCAUCCUUGCUUUUCUAGAAUCCAAACUUCAGGAAUUGGAUGGGCCAGAAGUGAGAUUAGCAGACUACUUCGACGUAAUUGCGGGGACAAGUACAGGAGGAUUAGUAACAGCUAUGCUUACAGCUCCAGACAAGAACAACAACAACCGACCGUUGUUUGCAGCGAACAAGAUUUCGGAGUUUUACAUGAAAGAGACUCCAAAUAUUUUUCCUCAAAGAAGGCAUUUUCUUGGUGGAGUUUUCAAUUUGUUUGGACAAGCCAUAGGGCCUAAGUAUGAUGGGAAGGAGCUGAGAAGAGUGGUGAAUGAUUUGGUGGGAGAUUUGACUUUGAAACAAACAUUGACAAAUGUUGUGAUUCCAGCUUUUGAUAUCAAGAUUCUUCAACCUGUCAUCUUCACCACUAAUGAUGCAAAAAUAAAUGCAUUAAGGAAUCCAAGGCUGGCGGAUGUGUGCUUGGCCACCUCGGCGGCGCCCACGUUCUUGCCGCCCCAUUUCUUUGAAACUAAGGACGAUGUAACAAACGCCACUCGCACUUACGACGUCAUUGAUGGUGCCAUUGCAGUUAAUAAUCCUACAUUGGCAGCCAUAACACACAUAAAUAGGGAGAUAGCAAUUCAUCAUCAGAAAGAGAACUCAAGAAUUAAAGCAAAUGAUACAAGAAGGAUGCUUGUUCUAUCUCUAGGGACUGGAUUGGGUAAACAUGAAGAGAAAUAUAAUGCAACACAAGCAUCAAAAUGGGGAGCUUUUAGUUGGAUUUUUCAAGGUGGUUCAACCCCAAUUAUUGACUUCUUUUCUGAUGCUAGUUCUGAUAUGGUUGAUUACCAUGUUUCCACUCUUUUUCAAUCCUCAAAUGCUCAACAAAACUAUCUUCGAAUUCAGGAGGACUCAUUAACUGGGGAUGCUGCAUUAGUGGAUAUAGCAACUCCAGAAAAUUUACUAAAGCUUGUGAAGAUUGGAGAGGAUCUACUAAAGAAACCAGUUUCAAGGGUUAAUUUAGAAACAGGAAAAUAUGAGAUUGUUGAUGGAGAAGGUAGCAAUGAGGAUGCUCUCACCAAGUUUGCAAAAUUGCUUCAUCAAGAAAGAAAAUUAAGACUCAGUACUGCCUAACCCCUACAACCACUUGUGCCCUUUUGUUCUUGUCUGUCAUCGUCAAAAUAUAUAAUUUCAAGCAUUCAAAAAGGUGUUGUCUUCUAAUGUGGAUUCAUUAAUGUUACGUUUGUGGUUGAUUCAUAAUUAAAUAAAUAAUUUAUAGUUAGAUUGAA